AAGCAUUUAAUGCACUUACAGACAUAGGCCACAUUAAAUUUGGGCCAUGCUGGGACUUUUGCAAAAGCCCUUCAUCCACAACCCAGAGAAAAACCUUUUUCCCUAUUAAAAAUCACCGUGACGUUGCAGCCUGGGUCUCAAGCCGAAGGCGCCCGGGAUGCAAAUGCUGCCGUAAGCGUAUCCCCGCUGGUAUUAAAUUUUCAGCGCUUUUGCAGCCUUAUCUGAUUUCUUCGGCCUUUUCCCUUCCCGACGGCAUCCAGCUCGCGGCUCCCCAUGAGACAGGAGUGUGAGGAUGGAAUACGGCAGCCGGGAAUACCUGGUGCCCUGCGGGAAAGACAAGUUCAUUUCCAAAAAUGAGCUGCUCCUGCACCUGAAGACCUACAACAUCUACUAUGAGGGGCAGAACCUGCAGCUGCGGCACCGGGAGGAGGACGGCGAGUUCAUCGUGGAGGGGCUGCUGAACAUCUCGUGGGGCCUGCGGCGGCCCAUCCGCCUGCAGAUGCAGGACGACAACCAGCGCAUCCGCCCACCGCCCUCCUCCUCCUCCUGGCACUCAGGCUGCAACCUGGGCGCCCAUGGCUCCGGGCUGAAGCCGAGCACCCUGCCGGAGACCCAGGUGAUGAACACGGAGGCACUGGCUGACAGGCGGUGGGAUGCUGGCCUGGGCGCCGGCGAGGGCCGAGCGCAGGCGGAGGAGCUGCCGCAGCUGCUGCGGACACGCAGCGACGUGGGCAUGCGGCGCCGCGGCAGCGGGCGCUCGGCCGGCGAGCAGCGGCGCCUCAAGCGCCACCGUUUCUCCAUCAACGGCCACUUCUACAACCACAAGACCUCGGUGUUCACACCGGCCUACGGCUCCAUCACCAACGUGCGGGUGAACAGCACCAUGACGGCGCCGCAGGUGCUGCGGCUGCUGCUCAACAAGUUCAAGAUCGAGAACCCGGCCGAGGAGUUCGCGCUCUACGUGGUGCACACGAGCGGCGAGAAGCAGAAGCUUCGGGCCAGCGACUACCCGCUGCUGGCCCGCCUGCUGCAGGGCCCCUGCGAGCAGGUCGCCAGGGUCUUUCUAAUGGAGAAGGACCAGGUGGAAGAAGUCACCUACGACGUGGCUCAGUACAUUAAAUUUGAGAUGCCCGUGCUCAAAAGUUUCAUCCAGAAGCUGCAGGAGGAGGAAGACCGUGAGGUGAAGAAGCUCAUGCGCAAAUACUCUGUGCUCCGCCUGAUGAUCGAGCAGAGGCUGGAGGAGAUUUCCGAAGGGCCAGCUCGGUUGUGAACCCAGUGCAGGGCUGCGUCCCCACGACCACACUGUAGCAAACGCCUGAGCCACCCCCUUUCCCGCUCCGGCCCUUCCCAACACCUGGAGCGGCUUCCAAGCCCCUUUGCCGCACUGUGUUUUGGGAUU